GUUUCUCUCAGCACAUGUCAGCACAGUCAAGACCAAAGGAAGAGCCAAAUAGCAGUUAGAAGUAGUAUGUCAACGACAACGCCAUUGAUUCAUUUCUCUACACAUGAGAAAUUCACCACAAGGCUCGUGUUAGCCACGCUUUCUGGAAAGUCUAUAAAAAUAUCAAACAUUCGUUCAGAUGCUCUCAACCCUGGUUUGGAAGACUACGAAAUAUCAUUUUUGCGACUCUUGGAGUCGGUAACCAAUGGCUCCAUAAUAGAAAUAUCGUAUACGGGUACGUCAUUGAUCUACCGCCCAGGUCUGAUCACAGGAGGCUCCUUCAGCCACAACUGUCCGUCUUCUAGAUCUGUAUCGUACUUCAUCAUUCCAAUGUUGAUGUUGGCGCCAUUUUCCAAAAAAAAGUUCUCGAUAGUUUUCAGAGGAUUGACUUCAAACAAAAAUGAAGUUGGCCUUGAUUUUAUCAAAUGGGGGUUUAUCCCAUUAAUGGACAAGUUUGGUAUUCGGGACGUCGAGCUCCACACUUUGAAAAGAGGCUCCUACCCCAAUGCAGGUGGUGAAGUUCAUUUGAUUGUCAACUCACUAAUUCCCCAGCCGAUUACCGUGCAUAUGUUGGAGAUACCAAAUAUUUCGUCCGUUAGAGGUAUUGCAUGGUGCACAAGAGUCUCGCCAUCGGUAGUCAAUCGUUUAGUGGACUCAGCAAGAAGCGUUUUGAGAGUAACCGGAUGCGAAGUCAAUAUAACAACAGAUGUAUGGAGGGGUGAAAACUCGGGUAAGUCACCUGGCUUUGGAUUGACAUUAUUCACAGAAUCAAAAAAGUCACCUCUGCGAUAUAUCCUCGACGAUGUUGCCGAGAACGGUGAGACUCCGGAGGAUUUGGCAGAGGCGUUAUCUUACAGCUUCUUGGAACUCAUAGAAAACAGCGGAUGUGUGCCAAGAUCACAGCUCGAAAUGGCCUUUAUCUUCAUGGUUAUAGGUAAAGAAGAUAUCGGCAGACUCAUAGUGAACAGAGAUCAAAUAGAUUCGGGCUUGGUGAAGUUGAUGAGAGACAUUAAGUCGUUGUUCAAUACCGAGUUCUAUUUCCAGGAAGAUGAUGAGUACGAUAACGCCCUGAUUGCAACAUGCAAAGGAAUUGGUUUUACUAAUGCCUCCAAAAAGAUCGCUUGAUUUUUGAUAACUAUGUAAAUUACUUGUAUGUACAUAAAUUUGAACGUCAGUUUCCUAGAGGCAAAUCCUUCAAAUCAUUCAACAACCUUUGGAUGUUGUCAUUUUUCGUUUCCUGGAACUUGCUCCUUUCGUCGAACCAGUUCUGGAAAACCUCACUUAUCAGAUACUUCACUUUCUGGAACAAUUUAAAUUCAUUAACAAAAGUGGUUUUAACCAAGAUUAUUCGUGAUAUCAACAUACUCAAUUGGUCCAUGGACGUGAUCAAUACAUUGAUAUGCUUGUCGAUUUCAGAGCCUCUUAUAUCUGACUUCAUCUUCAGCUGUUUAAUCUUCUCGUUGGUUUUUAUUAUCCUUUGCAGCAAGUUCUGAAUCUCUUU